UUUACAAAAAAUUAUCUUACAACUUGUGAACACUUAUAUUUCGAUUGAUAUAAAAUUCAUAAUUCCCCUCUAGGGGCCAUCAACCUGGUCAGUAACAUGCUGCAACUGCAAACGUGGUUUGUUGACCAAACAAACAUUAAAUCAAAUACGCUUUAUAAUUAGACAUUGCUUCCCUUUAGUUGAAAGAUUUUCAUUUCUCUAAUCAAAGGGAAAGCACAGUACUGUCUUCCCGACUCUAGUUUAUGCAUUCUUCUAAUCUGUAAAAACCCUCCAAAAACCAUGUCUAGCAGUGAUGAAUUUAAACUCUAUGAUUGUGGCACAUUACUGCUCGAUGUCACCACCUCCAGCUUCACCAAAGCUCAAAGGCGUUGGCGCAUUGCCUAUACAGCAAUAUAUUCUGCCCGGGCAAUGCUUUCACUUGCCAAGGAGAUAAUAUCCAGAAGAGCUAGCCAACACCCCUCGGUGAUCGAGCAGUUACAUCAUUACGUUGCCCUUGAUAUUGAACCAUCAGGGUCUCAGCAUUGGGGUGAAAAUUUUUUGUCUUCCUCCUUUGCUCCGAAAAUUGAUCAAAAAAUAUUAGUAAAGUCUUUGAAAGAGAAAGACUUGGUUUCUCUUUGCCAGUUUGGAGGAGUUGAAGGCGUUGCUGCUGCUCUUGGUACAGAUCCAGAAUAUGGAAUCCGAAAUGAUGAUCGAGAGGUUAUGAAAAGGCAAGAGAUGUUUGGUACAAAUACCUACCGCCGGCCACCUCCCAAAGGGUUACUAUACUUCGUCCUGGAUGCCUUCAAGGAUACCACAAUUCUUAUCCUCCUGGUAUGUGCUGCUCUUUCUCUUGGUUUUGGUAUCAAAGAACAUGGCGCUGAAGAGGGUUGGUAUGAAGGCGGAAGUAUUUUUGUUGCAGUCUUUCUUGUGGUUGUUGUCUCUGCACUCAGUAACUUCAGACAGGAGACUCAGUUUGACAAGUUAUCAAAAAUAAGUAACAAUAUCAAAGUCGAAGUUGUUAGAGGUGGUCGUCGUCAAGAUAUAUCUAUAUUUGAUCUUGUUGUUGGAGAUGUUGUCUUCCUCAAGAUCGGAGAUCAAAUUCCAGCAGAUGGGCUGUUCUUGCACGGAUAUUCGCUGCAAAUGGAUGAAUCAAGCAUGACAGGUGAGAGUGACCAUGUGGAAGUAGAUGCCAGAAGGAACCCAUUCCUUUUUUCUGGUUCAAAGGUGGCAGAUGGAUAUGCUCAAAUGCUUGUAGCAUCUGUGGGAAUGGACACUGCAUGGGGUGAAAUGAUGAGCUCAAUAACCGGUGAUAAAAAUGAAAGAACACCACUACAAGCUCGACUGGACAAACUAACCUCUUCUAUUGGAAAGGUAGGCCUUUUAGUUGCCUUUCUAGUUCUUGUAGUCUUAUUAAUUCGUUAUUUCACCGGGAAUACAAAAGAUGACAAUGGGCAGAAGGAGUACAUUGGUAGCAAAACCAAUGUAGACGACAUCUUAAAUGCAAUUGUUCAUAUUGUUGCUGCUGCAGUAACUAUUGUGGUCGUGGCAAUCCCAGAAGGUCUGCCCUUGGCUGUCACUCUUACACUUGCUUACUCAAUGAAAAGAAUGAUGGCUGAUCAGGCAAUGGUCAGAAAACUUUCGGCUUGUGAAACAAUGGGCUCCGCUACAAUUAUUUGUACUGACAAAACUGGCACCUUGACAUUAAAUCAGAUGAAAGUAACUCAGUUUUGGCUCGGCCAAGAGUCCAUUGAGGAAGAUCUUGCCAACAUUAUUGCCCCAAGUGUUCUUGAAUUAUUCUAUCAAGGAGUUGGUUUGAACACAACUGGUAGUGUUUGCAAACCCGUCUCUGGAUCCCUUACCGAGUUUUCUGGCAGUCCAACCGAAAAGGCAAUUCUCUCUUGGGCUGUCUUAGGUUUGGGUAUGGAUAUGGAAAAGUUGAAGCAAGAGUACAGCAUUAUCCAUGUUGAAACCUUCAACUCAGAGAAAAAGCGUAGUGGAGUUUCAGUAAGGAGAAGGGCUGAUGAAACAAUUCACGUACACUGGAAAGGAGCAGCAGAGAUGAUUGUAGCCAUGUGCUCACAAUAUUAUGAGAGUAAUGGGAUCAUAAGGUCCAUGAAUGAAGAAGGAAGGAGCAGAAUUGAAACGAUAAUCCAAAGCAUGGCAGCUGGUAGUCUAAGAUGCAUUGCUUUUGCUCAUAAGCAAGUUUCAGAAGAAAAAAUGGAAUGUAAUGAUCAGAGCGGAAAGAACCAUCAAAGAAUAAAAGAAGAUGGUUUAACCUUGCUAGGGAUAGUUGGUUUGAAGGAUCCAUGUCGCCCAGGGGUCAUGAAAGCUGUAGAAGCUUGCCACUCUGCAAGGGUGGGCAUCAAAAUGAUUACUGGAGACAAUGUUUUCACAGCAAAAGCUAUAGCUACAGAAUGCGGAAUUCUAGGGCCAGAUUACCACGAAGAAAGUGGAGAAGUUGUAGAAGGUAUUGAAUUUCGAAACUACACACCCGAUGAGAGAAUGGAAAAGGUAGACAAGAUCCUGGUGAUGGCAAGGUCCUCUCCAUUUGACAAGCUUUUGAUGGUGCAGUGCUUGAAACAGAAAGGUCAUGUGGUCGCAGUCACAGGGGAUGGCACUAAUGAUGCUCCUGCACUAAAAGAAGCCGAUAUUGGACUUUCAAUGGGUAUUCAAGGCACUGAGGUGGCCAAGGAGAGCUCAGACAUUGUCAUCUUGGAUGAUAAUUUUAGCUCAGUUGCCACAGUUUUAAGAUGGGGAAGAUGUGUUUAUAAUAACAUACAAAAGUUCAUUCAAUUUCAACUUACUGUUAAUGUUGCGGCUCUUGUAAUUAACUUCAUUGCAGCAGUUUCUGCUGGUGAGGUUCCCUUGACAGCAGUUCAAUUGCUAUGGGUAAACCUCAUCAUGGAUACAUUAGGUGCUCUAGCCCUUGCAACAGAUAGGCCCACUAAGGAGCUCAUGCAGAAGCCACCUGUCGGUCGAACUGAACCGCUCAUUACUAAUAUCAUGUGGAGGAAUCUUUUAGCACAAGCCCUAUACCAGAUAGCUAUUCUCUUGAUCUUACAAUUUAAGGGUGAAUCUAUAUUCAAUGUGCCUGAAAGGGUAAAGGACACACUGAUUUUUAAUACUUUUGUUCUCUGCCAAGUUUUCAACGAGUUCAAUGCAAGGAAGUUGGAGGAGCAAAAUGUUUUCAAAGGCAUUCUUCAGAACAGAUUAUUUCUUGGAAUUGUAGGGAUAACCAUCAUCCUUCAGGUGGUUAUGGUGGAAUUUUUAAAGAAGUUUGCAGAUACAGAGAAGUUGAAACUAUGGCAGUGGGGAGUUUGUAUCGUACUUGCUGCAUUUUCGUGGCCAAUUGCUUGGUUUGUGAAGCUCAUACCUGUUUCAGACAAACCCUUUUUCAGUUACCUCAAGAGGUUAAGAAUCAGAUUCACAAUUGUUACGCAAGCUAUCUACCACAGGAAACCUUCGUCUUGCAGCUGUUCAACUUGAUGUGGAAAGAUAAGGCUCUAAAAGUGUUGCCAAAAAAAAAAAAAAAAAAAAAAAAAAA